UGCCAUAACCCCAGAUUAUCCCUAAUCCCUCCCUAAUCUCCCCUUCUCUCUUUCUCUCUCUAGCUGCUUGCUUUUCCAUCUCCACAGCCACAAAUCCCUCUUUUUCUCUCUCCUCACAGAUAACUCUGCUUCUGCUUCCAAUUUUCUCAAUCCGGUGUAUGGAAUAACCGAUCAACGGCUCCGAUGAACCAGUGGCCUGCUAGCAGCGCCGCCGCAGCCAUGGACGGCGAUUCCGCCGUGAUGGACGCCUUCUCCGAUCUCACUUCCUUCUGGCCCUCCUCUCACCACCAAACCCCCUCAUACCCCCUCACCCCUCCCUCCCCUCCCCUCCCCCAAUUUUUCAACCAGGAGACUCUCCAGCAGCGCCUGCUCUCCUUAAUCGAGGACGCCGCCCACGAGAGCUGGACCUACGCCAUUUUCUGGCAGUCCUCCGUCCUCGACUACGGCGGCGCGCCGGUCCUCGGCUGGGGCGACGGCUACUACAAAGGCGAGGACGACAAGGCCAAGCGCCGCACAGCCUCCUCCCCGGCCGAGCAGGAGCACCGGAAGAAGGUCCUCCGCGAUCUCAAUUCGCUGAUUGCCGGCCCUCAGGCUGUCCCCGACGAAGCCGUCGACGCCGUCGAUGAGGAAGUCACCGACACCGAGUGGUUCUUCCUGAUUUCCAUGACUCAGAAUUUUGUCAACGGCUCAGGCCUCCCGGGCCAGGCCUUGUUCACCUCCAGCCCGGUCUGGGUCACCGGCCCGGACAGGCUCGCCUCUUCUCCCUGCGAACGGGCCCGCCAGGCCCAGGGCUUCGGCCUUCAGACGCUGGUGUGCAUCCCCUCCCCAAACGGCGUCGUUGAGCUUGGAUCCACGGAGGUGAUUUUCCAGAGCUCGGAUCUCAUGAAAAAGGUCAAAUCCUUGUUCAAUUUCAACGGGCCGGAAACGGGCUCCGCCUCCGGCCCGAGCUCCUGGUCCUUGCCGGAGAACGAUCCUGCCGCGAUGUGGCUGACGGAGCCGUCUUCCUCCGCUGUGGAUGUCAAGGAUUCGGCGAUCAACAACGCCAACACUAAUCAGGGAAGUUCAAUCCCCUCUUGUAUUACUAGCAAUCAACCUCUUUUAGUUAAGGAAAACCCUAAUUCCAUCAAUUCCACCACUAUGAAUGAGAGCCAAAACCAGGCGUAUGUUUCUAGAGAGUUGAAAUUCUCCGAAUUCGGGUUCGAUGAUAGCAAUCCCAAAAAUCAUGGUGGUAGCAAUCAACCUCUUUUUAGGCCUGAAUCGGGAGAGAUACUUAAUUUCGGAGAGAGCUCCAAGAUUAAUACUGCAAAUAGCAAUGUGAAUCUGUUUGGAGUUGAGACUGACAGCAGCAAGAGCAAUAAGAUGAAGAAAAAAUCCCCAACUUGUAGAGGUAGUAACGAGGAAGGCAUGCUUUCCUUCUCAUCCGCCCCGACGAAGACCGAUGUUGGCAUCGAAUCCGAUCACUCCGAUCUCGAGGCAUCUGUUGUCAAGGAAAUCGAGUCCAGCACCGUGGUUGACCCCGAGAAACGGCCUAGAAAACGUGGGAGGAAGCCAGCCAACGGGCGCGAGGAGCCUCUCAACCACGUGGAGGCGGAGAGGCAGAGAAGGGAGAAGCUCAACCAGAGGUUCUACGCUCUCAGAGCUGUAGUCCCGAAUGUGUCGAAGAUGGACAAAGCCUCCCUCCUUGGAGACGCCAUUGCUUACAUAAACGAGCUCAAGUCAAAGCUCCAGAACGUGGAGAUCGCUAGGGAUGAUCUGAGGAGGCAGGUCGAGUCCUUCAAAAAGGAAGGGGGCCGCCACUCUGCCCCUCCGGAGCAGGGCCGCACCAUGGUGGACAUAGACGUGGACGUGAAGAUCAUUGGGUGGGACGCGAUGAUACGCAUCCAGUGCAGCAAGAAGAACCACCCCGCUGCAAAGCUGAUGGUGGCCCUCAUGGAGCUGGACCUCGAAGUGCACCAUGCCAGCGUGUCGGUGGUGAACGAUCUGAUGAUCCAGCAAGCAACGGUGAAGAUGGAGGGUCGGAUUUUCACCCAAGAUCAGCUCAAGGUAGCGUUGAUAUCCAAAGUUGCUGAAGCUCGGUAGCCAUUUUCGAGGUUGGAAUGGUAUAAUACUUUUUUAUACUAUUAGAUAUGUGCUUUGGCUGUAGUUUUAAGUAUAUAACUUGUUGAGUAGAUUCAAGAUUAAGCUGAAUGUUGAAUGUUGGAUGCAAACUGAUUGGCAUUGCUUGUAGUUUUUGUUGUUUAGCUGAAGCCUCUAUGUUUGUGUGUUUAUGUAUAUAUUUGUGAAUCCAAGCUAGUCGUAUGAGGCUGAUUUUUACACGAUAAAACAUGGGAUUUUGUUUUCCCUGUCUUGUAUGAUUAGGACUGGUGUCUAUUGAUCAUUUGGUCACAUGUUUUUCUUUUCUGAAUAAAUGUAUUUGAGGAUUA